UGGCAAAACCCCCAUGCAGUGCCGUCGUAGACAAGGUGGACACAACAAUGUCAGAUGUGGAGGUGUUUUCCGUGGUAACACCUACCAGUGCAGUUUCUACGCCUGCGGUGGAUGAGGACGAGGCCACACUCCAUGCUGUGGACCUGACGUCAGAGCCGGUGGCGGUGACAGUCCAUGUGGGAGAUCAGCUACAGCCACCACAUCCUGCCACACCAGGAUCCAUAGAGCUUCAGCCAGCACAGCCUGCCACAUCCAUAGAGCUACAGGCAGCACAUCCUGCCACACCAGGAUCCAUAGAGCUUCAGCCAGCACAGCCUGCCAUAUCCAUAGAGCUACAGGCAGCACAUCCUGCCACACCAGGAUCUAUAAAACUGAGACAAGGUCCAGGAGGGAAUAAGGUUGGUGACAAAAGUGAAGUGUCAAUAAACGAUGUGCAGUGUUUGACAGUGAGAAUAGAGAAAAGUGUCAGAGGGUCAUUCCAUCAGGGGAGUCGUCUGUUAAAGAACCCUGGUGUUCAGUGCAUGGCUGUAUCGUUAGUCAGCUUAGCAAAACACAGUGUUCGUAGUGUUUUUCAGUGGGAGAUGAAACAUUUGGACAGUGUUUUGCGUUUAGGUGAUGAUUUGUAUUCAUAUUUGCACACUAAUAACAUGAUCCGUGGCUCUGACUUGUUGUGUGUCGGUGAUUUGCCUCGGCGGUCAGUCAUUGAUGGACAGACCUUUGCUUUUAAAUCUGGUAGUUGGGUAAUAGGGAAAGUUGGCUUGGAUCAGGGAGAGCUUAUUGAUAGAGGUGUACUGGUGUCAAUGACAGGAGGGCUGAAAUCCAUGCUUGCCGAAUACGGCACGUGUUUUCUGACAAUAGCAGGCAGCACAUGUGCUGUUAUUUGUGAGCAUGGUCGCUAUGCAGUAGUUGAUUCACAUGCACGUAAUGCAUGUGGAAUGGUCGAUGCAAAUGGGAAAAGUGUUGUUGUACAUUUGCCAACACUUGAAGAUGUUUGCAGCUAUGCACGUCAGUUGUCUGUUUCACUUGGUGCUGAACAUAAAUUAUUUGAGAUUAGUGCUGUUUCUGUGACAAUUCCUGUCGCAGAUGAUCCCAGUUCACAGUGUUUGGUCUGCAGUCGCGUGGUGUGCUGA